GCCCAUCAAGACGUCAACCUCGUACGUGGGGUCACCGCCAUACUCGCCUCCGGAGGUCAUGGUGUUGAAGGAAACCAGCCACGCAGAGUUGAAGAACUUUGCGUAUAACCCGUUCAAAAUGGAUCAUUGGGGGUUGGGGAUGGUACUAUUCUGUAUCGUCUACUGUGGAGUGCCUUUCAGCACCUCACUUGUGACCGACCAUGGCUUUCGGGAAUACAAGUUCAACCACAGCCGGUUCUGCGGAAACAACCCUGGUUUCAAGAACAAUACCGAUCUCCACCGCGGGCCUGGGUCUGAGUUUAAAUGGGCCAGUCAAUUCCAGUCGACUGGAGCUGCCCGAGUUGCCUGGAAGUUGUGUGAUCCUUCUAUUGACCAUCGGUACGACUUGGACUUGUUGUUCAAUGACCCGUGGUUCCAGGGAUUGGAAAUGUGUGUGUAUGAAGCCGAAGAUCAGGAUGUCAAUCCGGUGGUGUUUCCCACGGUUCCCUCCAACGCCUCGUUCUCGGCCGUUUCGACUCUGGCGGGAUCUCGUGUGCCCUCACGGCGGAACACUUCUCUCCAUAACUUCAACAAUGCCAGUACCGCGGCGGAUUUGUCUUCGAGCUUCAAAAGCAUGCUUGACUUCCAGUCGAAAGAGGCCACCAACGGCCAAGUCCACGACAACCACGAGGAUGGUGAUGAUGAAGAUGGUGACGACAAGUCGAUCCACUCGCAGUCAUCCUUAACACACUUCCACCAGGCACCACCACCUCUAGCGGCCGAUGGGUGCUGCAGCUGCGAAAAACCCAAGUCCCUGAGUUCCAUGUUGGACGUGGUGGAAAAACCAAAGGUCAAGUCGAUGCUUGACAUGGCGGGUCUGCUAAACCUCCCGAGUCUUAAGGAACACGACACUUACACAGAGAACAUAAAAGAAUCCAAAGAGUGUGUUUGUGACUGUCACCAAGAAAAGUCACCAGCAAAUCGUCCCAGGGCCCAGUCACAUCCUCACCCGUUCAGGCAUGUAUCGUCUGAAAGCUUGAAGCGCAACAGCAGCCAGUCGAGCUUCACCAGAAAUAAUAGUUUGACGGAGUGGGAAGAUGUUCUUAAGCCGGCAGAAGAUUUACAUCUUGAUUCGAGUGGUGUUUGCAACUUGGGCUACAAGAUCAGAAAGCACCACCAUUUGGAGGUGAGUGGAGCAGCUGUGUCGGGGGCGUUGGCAAGGAGGAGAUGACGGUAAAUAGGAGACAUAAUAUGCAAAUAGUACGGAAAAAUAGUAGACUAGCACAGAACUAACGCAGAACUAACGCAGAGCCAGCACUGAACUAGCACAGAACUAAGACAAAACUAACACAGACCAAGUGCACAGACCCCUCUUACAUAAAUUUACAUUUACAUUGAUUAUAUAACGAUUAGUCUAAGCUUCCAAAGAAACUCUUCCCUUAGGGUUGGUAACCUUAACACCCAACUUCUUGGCCUUUUCGAUAAUGUCAACUCUGUUCUUAGCAGAAACAUUGUGAGCAAUUUCGGCGGCGUAGGUUUUGGUAUGCAUUAACAAGACGUCUAAGUCCUUCAAGUUCUUAACCAAGUAAGCCUUGUGUCCAGAUGGCAUCAAGAACUUGGUCUUGUUGUUGGAACCAUAACCGAUGUUUGGUUCGGAGAUGUUACCUCUGAAUCUUCUUCUGACAACAGAGUCAAUACCCUUCUGCUUUCUCCAGUUUUCAGAAACUCUGUGAUAUCUGUCAGAGUGAUGUCUCUUAAACUUCUUGGUGUGCUUUUUGACAAUCUUUGGGUGUGGAAUUGAAGCAGCCAUUUUUGAUGAUCACUAUUAAUGAAAAAUUGUAUAU